AUGCUGGCACCCCGGACCACGGAGACUGCAGUCCCCAUGUCCCAGACCGAGGCCGACCUGGCCCUGCGGUCCCUGCCGCCUCUCGGCUCGGUGGGACCACCACGUCUCGGGCCCCCUCCUCGCCGAAUGCGCCGCUUCUCCGGGAAGGCUGAGCCCCGGCCGCGCUCCUCUCGUGGCAGCCGCCGCAGCUCUGUGGACUUGGGGCUGCUGAGUUCUUGGUUCCAGCCAGCCACGCCCGCUCCGGAGCCCCCCGACCCUCCGGACUCGGUUGGUCCUGAACGGGCGACGAGCCCAACCCCCAACCCUCAAGAGCUCCCCGAGGGCACGUGGGCCGGGGAAGCCCCCGUGAAGGCGGCAGGUUCUGCUCCUCCCGAGCUCUCGGAAUCCGCAGGCGCCCCAGGGUCCGGGGACAAGCCGAGGAUCCUCGAUGCCGCGGCCCGGGAACGACAGCGAGAGCAGGAAGAAAAGGAGGACACAGAGACCCAGGCAGUGGCCACUUCCCCGGAUGGCCGCUACCUCAAGUUUGACAUCGAGAUUGGACGUGGCUCUUUCAAGACGGUGUACCGGGGGUUGGACACCGACACCACGGUGGAGGUGGCCUGGUGUGAGCUGCAGACUCGGAAACUGUCCCGGGCUGAGCGGCAGCGCUUCUCGGAGGAGGUGGAGAUGCUCAAGGGGCUGCAGCACCCCAACAUCGUACGCUUCUAUGACUCGUGGAAGUCGGUGCUGAGGGGCCAGGUGUGCAUCGUGCUGGUCACCGAACUCAUGACCUCGGGCACGCUCAAGACGUACUUGAGGCGCUUCCGUGAGAUGAAGCCUCGAGUCCUUCAACGCUGGAGCCGCCAAAUCCUGCGAGGGCUUCACUUCCUGCACACCCGCGUGCCCCCCAUCCUGCACCGUGAUCUUAAAUGCGACAACGUCUUUAUCACUGGCCCCACGGGCUCAGUGAAGAUCGGGGACCUGGGUCUGGCCACGCUCAAGCGCGCCUCCUUUGCCAAGAGCGUCAUUGGGACCCCAGAGUUCAUGGCCCCUGAGAUGUAUGAGGAGAAGUACGACGAGGCAGUGGACGUGUAUGCAUUUGGCAUGUGCAUGCUCGAGAUGGCCACCUCCGAGUACCCGUACUCCGAGUGCCAGAAUGCGGCGCAGAUCUACCGCAAGGUCACCUCGGGCACGAAGCCCAACAGCUUCUACAAGGUGAAGAUGCCCGAGGUGAAGGAGAUUAUCGAAGGCUGCAUCCGCACGAACAAGAACGAGAGGUUCACCAUCCAGGACCUCUUGGCGCAUGCCUUCUUCCGCGAGGAGCGCGGUGUGCAUGUCGAGCUGGCGGAGGAGGAUGACGGCGAGAAGCCUGGGCUCAAGCUCUGGCUGCGCAUGGAAGAUGUGCGGCGUGGGGGACGCCCAAGGGACAACCAGGCCAUUGAGUUCCUGUUCCAGCUGGGCCAGGAUGCGGCUGAGGAGGUGGCCCAGGAGAUGGUGGCACUGGGCUUGGUCUGUGAAGCUGAUUACCAACCAGUGGCCCGUGCCGUGCGGGAGCGGGUUGCUGCUAUCCAGCGAAAGCGUGAGAAGCUGCGUAAAGCUAAGGAGCUGGAGGCCCUUCCCCCAGAGCCAGGACCUCCACCACCAAGUGUCCCCGUGGCUGCCUGUCCACCCAGUGCCUUCCCCGCUGAACCUGAGGAGCCGGAGGCCGACCAGCACCAGCCUUUCCUCUUUCGUCAUGCCAGCUACUCAUCUACCACUUCGGAUUGCGAGACAGAUGGCUACCUCAGCUCCUCUGGCUUUCUGGAUGCCUCCGAUCCUGCCCUGCAGGCCCCUGGCGGGGUGUUGGCCUGCCCUGCCGAGUCCCAAGUCUGCCUGCCCUCGGCGUUUGCCCUGUCCAUUCCAUGUUCUGGGCCUCUUGGCAGUGACUUUUCAGCUGGGGACAGCUAUGCUUCUGACACAGCAUCGGGCCUGAGCGACACUGGGGAAGGGCUAGGACGGAUGAAAAGACCCCCAGGGAGGAAUCUCCGGCGCAGACCCCGAUCCCGGCUGCGGGUCACCAAUGUCUCAGACCAGAAUGACAGAGUGGUUGAAUGCCAGCUGCAGACCCACAACAGCAAGAUGGUGACCUUCCGGUUUGAUCUGGAUGGGGACAGCCCAGAAGAGAUCGCAGCUGCCAUGGUGUACAAUGAGUUCAUUCUGCCCUCGGAGCGAGAUGGAUUCCUGAGCCGGAUUCGGGAGAUCAUCCAACGAGUGGAGACCUUGCUCAGGAGAGACACCGGCCCUGUGGAGGCCUCUGAAGAUGCCCCGGGCCCCCAGGACGAGCCAGCACCAUUGCCUGCCCUCCUGGGCCCCCUCCCAGACCUCUGCAGUGAGCCCCAGAGCAGCACCUCCGCGGAGCAGAGGAGCUGGGCAGCCUUCUCUACCACCCCAUCUUCUCCUGACACUCCCUUGUCUCCUGACACACCCCUCUUCCCCAUCACUUCUCCCCUCUGCCAGCCCAACCUCUCCCUGUACUGCCCCAUCUCCUCCCAGGCCUCCCUAAGCUCCUCUCCUCAGCAACCCAACUCCCCCCUUCUCUUUCCCUCCAGUGCACCCCAAUUUCCAACCCCACCCUCUCCAUUUCCCCUGGCCUCUCUCCCACCUGGUUCUCCAUUCCCAUUCCCUCCUAGUUGUUCCCAGGUCACACUGAAUCCCACUUCCUUCCCACCCAGCCCCUCGCCCCCUCCCUUGCCCCCCACCACUGCAGCGCCUCUCCUCUCUCUGGCAAGUGCCUUCUCCCUGGCUGUGAUGACUGUGGCCCAGUCUCUGCUGGCCCCCUCACCAGGGCUCCUCUCCCAGCCUCCCCCGGCCCCCCCGUGUCCCUCCCCCAGCUUGCCCUCUGCCCCUCCUGUGCUCCUGCCCCCUGCCCCUCAUGGCCUGGAGACUCUUGCCCACAGUCCGGCUGAGAGCCAGACCUGCCCUAAUCCUGAUGGGCCCCUCGUGGGUGAAGCCAGACUGGCGCCCAUCUCUGAAGAGGCGAAGCCCCAGCUUGUGGGGCGAUUCCAAGUAACUUCUUCCCGAGAGCCAGCAGAGUUGCUCCCCCUGCAGCCUCCGUCUCUCUCCAGCUCUCUGAAGCCCCCAACCCCUCCUCCGCUGACCUCCGAGAGCUCGGACACAGAGGACAGCGCGGCCGGCCAGCCAGAGACCAGGGAGACGCUGGCGGAGAGCGACCAGGCGCCCGAGGGCCUGGGGGCUGGAGCUGAGGAGGAAGGGGUUCCUGGGCAGGAACCACCCGUCGUGGGGAGCUACUGUAGCCCCGUGUGGCUGAACUACUCGUGCAGCAGCCUGUGUGUGAGCAGUGAGGAGUCUGAGAGCAGCGGGGAGGACGAAGAGUUCUGGGUAGAGCUGCAGAGCCUGCGGCAGAAGCAUUUAUCUGAGGUGGAGGCACUGCAGAUGGUACAGAAAAAGGAAAUUGAGGACUUGUACAACCGGCUCGGCAAGCAGCCCCCACCGGGCAUCGUGGCUCCAGCUGCCAUGCUGUCCAGCCGCCAGCGGCGCCUGUCCAAGGGCAGCUUCCCCAGCUCCCGCCGCAACAGCCUGCAACGCGCUGAGCCCCCGGGUCCUGGCAUUUUGCGAAGGAACUCUCUGAGUGGCAGCAGCACCGGCUCCCAGGAGCAGCGGGCAAGCAAGGGGGUGACAUUCGCCGGGGAUGUUGGCAGGAUGGUGAGGGCAGGCCCAGGGGCGGGAGACUGGUGACUGGCCGUGGCGCCGCCCCCUCCCUCUGUGGGGGAGUCUCCUCAGUGCUCUCUCUUUUCCCCUCCAGUGAAUUGAGUGCAGAAGCCAUGUGUACCCCCUCACACAGCAGGGCCCACCAUGGAGCUUGUCCGCUCUCACCACCACCACCACCACCACUACUCAGCAAGGAGGACCCCAGCCCCGAGGGGGUGGAAGGCCAGGGGGGCUCGGAGGAGGAGGAGAUGCCUCCUCCACGCAGUGAAGAGCCAGACAUGUGGGGGACUCUUGGUUGUG